AUGGCUUCUGUUGGUGUUGAAAACAAAAACAAAGAACAUAUCACGACAACUGUAGAUGAAAUAAAUUCGAUGAUAGUACCUGAAUCUGUUCAUGAUCAUUCUCAUGUAUGUAAUGAUCCAACACAUAAUCAUGAGAAACCAUCAAUUUUCAAUCAAAGUGAUUUAUAUUCGUCAUUGUUGGGUGCGACAAAUGAAACGCCAGCGAAGCGAAAACAUAAGAAACCUAAAAAGCAAACUGCAAUACUUGCUGAAGCAAUUCCUGGUAAUCGUGGCAAUGAAAACAUCGAUGAUCUUGUAAACUUUAUUAAUGGUCCGUCAUCGACAAACGAUAAAAAACAAAAAAAGAAAUCAACAUCAACCAACUAA